CCUCCUCGCCCUUCUCCUCUUCCUCCUCCUCUUCCUCCUCCUCCUACUCUCUCUGUUUCGGGGUCCUGCCAAUCAGAUUCAAAGUGGUGCACGUCGGUGCUGCUGGGGCGCUGCCCACGGCUGCGCGCCGCGGCCAUGUUCCAAGACAAAAACAAGUUGGAGAGGGCGCGCGGUCUCGAGUGCACGUGAUAGCGGAACCGCGAGCGCAUGCCCACGCGUGGCAUUCACCUGGCCCUGUAGCCCCGCAUGAAUAACAAGGCGCCUGCGAUUACAGAGCUGCAGCUGAAUGUCCAAGGCGUGUUAAAAGGCCACAAGGGGGGAGAGGGGCGGGGGAGAUCGACCUCUCAGCAGAAGCACUGACCAGCUCCCCAGAGCUCCGCCCUGGCAUUCCUGGUGCUCACGACGCCCCGCGUGGUGCGGCGGCGGAUACGAGCUUCCGCGAGUGCCAGCAGCAGUGCCGGUACAAUUGGAGGCAACGACGUUCUCCAGGAGUCUCUCUUUAGCACCGAGUUCCUCACAGCCAGCAUCAAGGCCGAUGCGGCCUGUAGGCCGCUUCCUUCCUCUGAUGUCAAGCGGAUGGCUAGCAGAAUGCAGCGGUUCGAUUUCGGGCUCGGCGACGCUGUCCUGAGGGCGGGUGAAGCAGGCACCCGCUUUUAUGUUUUUGCCAGCGGCAGCGCUCAUGUUCUUCAAGAUGGAGCUGUGUGCGGUAGGCUCACCCGCGGCUGCACUGUGGGUGGGGGCGCUCUGGCUGCCAAAGUCUUGGAGCCAUUCGACGUCGUGGCGCGAGAACACACAAUCGCAUUCGGCAUCGAGGGCGCGGAGUUCUUCAAUAUCAUAUCAGAGAACGCAUGGUGCUUAGCUCGUCGCUGCUGUGGCGGACCUCGAAAAUAUCAUGUGGAAGAGGUGCAAGAGAUGUGUGGGGGAGAGAAGAGGGUGAUGCUGCAGGACUUGGCAGGAGAUGCGAGGCAUGCGCUUAUCGAGGCACAAGUGCACUUUUCAUCCGUAGCCUCCGCUGCGGGGCAUGCGGACGUGACUCCGUAUUCGGAGGUCGUUGAGGUUGGUGAAGUCGUGCUGAAAGAAGGACAAAUGGAUUUUCCAAAGAUCCGCAUUCUGAAGAGUGGCAAGCUGAGCUUCCGGCGCUCGCCUGACAGCUCCCAUACCCUCAAAAGCUUUGAGGCUGGGGACAUUGUCGGUGCAGGCACACUUCUUCCGUGGCGGAAAGGCCUGGGCGCUGCAGCCACAGUCGUCGCCGAGUGCAGGAGCGAGAUCCUUUGCAUCCCUGGCGAGGAUGUGAAGGCUGCGGUUAUCGACGAGACCGUGCACACCGAAGUUUUCACAAGGACCUUCAUGAUGGUCGGCCUCAACCAGCUCAAGACCUUUUCUGGACUCGGCAGAGCCCACAAAAUCCAUCUCGUGCGGGCCAUGGAGGUGAAGGACUACGCCCCACACGAGCUCAUUGACACUGGCCUCAGCGUCAGCAGCGUGCGGUACGCUCACGUCAUGUUGGGUUCAUUGCGCUCGCUGGAAACCGAUCAGGAACAUGACCUGGGAGUUGGACAGGUCUUUCUUGCCCCCGAGUUGUUCUCCGAGCAGUCCGUCUCCAAGUGCUGUGCUGUGGACAGCUGCUCAUGCAAGGAGCGCCGCGUUGGGCCACGAGGGGUUUUGCGCGCUGGCUCGUCCGGGUGCAAGGCCGCGACCCUCUCCAAGGGCAGCCUCGUAGCGGCGCUUUCUGAGCUCGGCGUGUCGCCCGUCGACAGCCUGGACGACACCGCGGAGCUGGCGGAGGAUAUGCUCCUCGCGCACCGCAUUCCGAUCUUCCGGCAUCUCUCCAACGAGCAGGUCCAGCUCGUUCUCAAGUCGUUCGUGCCGAGGUGCUACGCCAGAGGCUCCCGCGUCAUCGAGCAGGGCGAAUUGGGCGCCUCGCUCUACGUGGUGGCUUCUGGAGUGCUUGAAGUUCAGAUCAACGGCAGGAUUGUGCGUACGCUCGGCAAGAACGGCAGCUUCGGCGACCGAGGCCUGCUUUUCGAGGAGCCGCGCAGUGCAACUGUUACGGUCGUGAGCGACUUUGCCGUGCUGUGGUGCUUGGAUAAGGCAGAUUUUCUGAACGUGCUCACGGAAGAUUUGAGGUCGGAGUUGGUAAAGCGCAUGGAUCUUCAAGACGCCGAUGUCGUGCUCAGCGAAUUGACAAGCAUCCGUCUCAUCGGGGUUGGCGGCUUCGGACGCGUCUCGAUGGUGCAACACAAAAAGACAGGUCUCAGGUACGCGUUGAAGCAGGUGCGCAAAAUGGGCCCGCAUGGCAAAUUGAAAGCACAGUUAGCACUUCGAGAGUCAGAGUUACUUGCCGAGAUGGAUCACCCUUUCACGCUGCAGUUGGUCAGAACGCUCGAGACCACCAGGAGCGUCUACAUUUUGACGGACCUGAUUACUGGUGGCGACCUCUACACCGCUGUGCUCGAGAUUGGAAGACCAUUGGCUCACGGCGAGGCUCAGUUCUACGUUGGCUCAGUUUUGCUGGCGCUGGAGCACCUGCACGACCGUGGGUCUGCGGCUUGUGUACCGAGACUUGAAGCUGGAGAACGUGAUGCUUGAUGCCCGAGGUUACGUUAAGUUGAUCGACUUUGGAAUUGCGAAACGGCUCGACGAAACUGGACGCACCUUUACUUGCGUUGGGACGCCCCAUUACAUGGCGCCCGAGAUAACAUGGCAAAAGCAAGGCUACGGCACAGAGGUUGACAUUUGGGCGUUGGGCGUUAUGCUGCACAUUCUUGUCUGCAGGAGGUGCCCAUUUGGCCACAACGAGACCGACCCUGUGCAGAUCCAGCAGAGCGUUCUGAAGGGUGAGUUGGAAUUCCCCGACACAUACAAGGACCAGUGCGGAAGGCAGCUCCUCCGGGGCCUGCUCCGUCGGAGGCCAGAGCACAGGCUGGGCGCGAGCAUCGACGGGCUCGACGACGUGAAGCAGCACGCGUACUUUGGGAUGCCGAGCGGCACGCGCCUCUUCGACAAGAUCAUCCGACGGGAGCUCGUGCCACCCGUGGUCCCGCAGGGCGAGCGCUACUCGGGGUCCGAGGAGCCCGAUCACGGGCUGAGCAUCGCCGAGGCUGUCGUGCGGGCGUGAGGCUGCCUGCGGCCUCGGCCCCGGAGUCGUGCCGCGCACCGCCCCCCGGCGACGCUCUGCUCGGGUUCCGACCUCGGCGCCGCUGGAGCAAGGCAGGCACAAGACCUGCCUGUUUUGUCCUCCAGCGCCGCGCGGCUCGCCGACCGCCCCAUCCUCUCUUCGGCCCCCCCCCCAUCGUCCACCUCCGGCUUCACAUUCGCCCAAUGACCCCGCCCCCACCGAGUCUAGAGCUAAGGUCUCUCACCUCCUAUUUUUGCACAUGGGUUCUCCGGAACUAAGUUCUCCGGGUUCUCUCGCGCCAAAUGCCACUUCGCCAGGCAUAUCAUCCAAUUUUGAUUCUCUCUGUUCACAGGAAGAUGAACACGAGCUGUUCACAGGAAGAUGAACACGAGUUGCUGUGAAUGUCAACGUUACGUUUGUGGUACUGACAGCUGUACCGCUCGCCUCUCUGCAGUUUGCCUCUAGUUACGCCACGAAGAGCGUAGCCCAGUCCAGAAUUUGUUGCUCCGCCAAGUGGAAUUAUAUAUCUCUCUUCCUACCGCUGCUCGCUUGAACCCACAUUCCAAGUGCAUUUCCCAGCUGCGCACGGCAAGUCCCGCCAGCGUGCCUGGGUUGUGGGUUAUAGGCCUAUGGGA